CGGCGGUACAUAUUUCUCUCUUACUACAUCACCAUCUAUUACGUUCCCUGAGGAAGCAUUUCCGCUUUGUUACUCUCUCUAUCAAAUCUCUACAAUUUCAUAAUUGGGAAGUUCUAGAAUCUUCUAUUUGUACAGCCAUGGCUUCUGAGAAUUUCAGCGACAAAAACGCUGUUUUUCGGAAGCUCAAAUCCAAGCCUGAUAACAAGAUGUGUUUUGAUUGCAAUGCUAAGAAUCCUACGUGGGCUUCGGUGACGUAUGGGAUCUUUUUGUGUAUUGAUUGUUCGGCAGUUCAUCGCAGCCUCGGUGUUCACAUCAGUUUUGUUAGAUCAACAAAUUUAGAUUCGUGGACUCCAGAGCAGUUAAAAAUGAUGUACUUUGGUGGAAAUAACCGUGCUCAAGUUUUUUUCAAGCAGCAUGGAUGGAGCGAUGGAGGCAAGACUGAUGCCAAAUAUACCUCAAGGGCUGCUGACUUGUAUAGGCAGUUACUCUUAAAAGAGGUUGCUAAAAGUACUGCGGAGGAUGCAGGUUUGCCAGCAUCACCUGUUGCUUCUCAGGCUGCACAGGCUACUAAUGGAUUUCCAGAUAUUAAGACCAGUGAACCAACAAAACAAACGUCUUCAUUGAAGGACGAAAAAACCGAGGUUUCUGCUUCACCCAAAGCCUCUCAAGUUAUUACCACCUCUUUUAAGAAACCUAUAGUUGCAAAGAAAGCAGGGAAGUCAGGUAGACUUGGAGCUCGCAAACUUACUAAAAAGCCAAGUGAAAGUCUCUAUGACCAGAAGCCUGAAGAACCGCCCAUUCAAAUUUCCUCCUCCAGCACUGCAAGUAAUGCAACAACUGUUGGUUCAUCGUUCACAUCUCGUUUUGAGUACACAGACAAUGUCCAACCUGCUGAGACGAGUUUUGGAGGCCCUCGUGUUCUUAACCAUGUAGCCCCUCCGAAGUCCUCCAACUUUUUUGCAGAUUAUGAAACGGAUAAUGGUUUCACAAAGAAGACAAGUUCCAAUUCUUCAAAAAUUCAAAUUGAGGAAACUGAUGAAGCAAGGAAGAAGUUUUCUAAUGCCAAAUCCAUUUCAUCUGCUCAAUACUUUGGUGAUCAGUCUAAAACUGAAAUGGAAGCCUCAGUCUCUCUACAGAAAUUCUCGGGUUCAAGUGCCAUCUCUAGCGCUGACCUAUUUGGUCAAGAUGAUGGGGCAGCUUUUGACGUCACUGCAGGAGAACUUAUUAAUCGGCUCUCUUUCCAGGCACAACAAGAUAUCUCCUCGAUCAAAAAUAUUGCUGGAGAAACUGGGAAGAAGCUUACCUCCUUAGCAUCCACUUUGAUGUCUGAUCUCCAAGACAGAAUCAUAUGAGGAGACUCUCUGUGUGGUAAAAAUGAAACGGAGAUGACAGCACCUAAACAUCACUUAUAGAAGUCAAAAGAGUAUGUGACAUUCUUUCAGAAGAUCUAGAAUUCUAGGUCUUGAGAAGCUGGUAUCUUAUUUCAUCGCUUUAAGAUAUGUCUGUUUUAUAUUUCCUGAUGCAUGUGGCUUUUUUGCUUUUGUUCUUUUACUUGCCAAGGCUCUUUAAGAGGCUUUUGAGUGAAUAUUUUGCUGUGUAUUAUGUGCUUGUUAGAGUUGAAAUAGAAAUCACCAAAUUGUAAUCUAGUGAAAACUGUCUUUGAUGUUAGCAAAACUUAGACUAAGGUUCUCUUACUUUUCUUUCAGCCUAGUAUGUUAGUUGAGUUAAUACCCUUUUUUUGUCUG